AUGUCUUCCACUCCGGAAACAAAACCUGAUUCGGAAGUCUCGGAAAGCAUCCAAGCACCAGCAGCCGCAGAUACCACUAUCGAAGCAUACGGCUCCUGCCUCUGCCGCGCCAUUAUUUUUACCCUCACCGGCGCCCCCCUCAACACCGUCCUCUGCCACUGCUCAAAUUGCGGUCACGCUUCCGGGGUCGGCUUCAUGGCAAAUUCGUUCUACGCCGCGGACCAGUUACAAAUCAAAUCCCAACCCUCCUCCACCCUCAAAACAUACAUCGACACCAACACAGAUAGUGGGGCCGUGCUGCAAAGGCAAUUCUGCGGCGACUGUGGGAGUCCGCUGUUCACACGGAAUGAGAAGAUGGAGGGAUUUGUAGUGGUGUGUAGUGGGGCUUUGGAGAGGGAAAUGGGGAGGGAGUGGAAGCCUGCGAUGGAGCUUUGGUGUAAAGGGAGGAGAGGGUGGGUGCCAGAGAUUGAGGGGACGAAAAUGUUUGAGGAGAUGUUUUGA